AUGACCAAGAACAAUUUGAAGGCUCACCUGGCCUGGCUUUUGGGGCGUCCUAAUCCCCUAGACAAUUUUGUUCUCCCGCAAGUGUCCCUCGAUGCGCAGCGUGCCUUGGUCGAUUCCGCAAGCACUAAGCCGACGGCAGAUAUUGAGCCAGAAUUUAGACAAGGGGCCUCCGGUGCAUUAUUUACAGAAAGGAUACCAUCCGCUCCGCGGGCUGAGGCUCCUGAUAAUGAUGAUGUGUCGAAAAAUAAUACAAUGGCCGUACUCCAGCUCGAAUCUCCCCCACGACGCAGCAGGCUACACAGCACGCUAAGUACGAAAGGCUCAAUCGAUGUACCGGGAACUCCUGCAAGCAGGAGCUCAAAGAAACGGGCGCUCUAUAAAGCUGGGUCAGAGACGCCAAAGAUAAGAAUAAAACAACGAAACCUGACGAGUAUAACCCCUUCAACGAGCAGCAAUAGUUCAAGGCCAGCAAAAAAAGUUGGGAUAUUUGACUCCGUUUUAAAGCACGAGGAGAUUGAGUCCGUUGAUCUCACGAAAGAUGACGAACGCCAUACAUCUUUCUCUGGCUCCGCCUCAGCUUCGGAGAACCUCGACGAUUAUGGAGAGAGGACUAUGCUUCUCGCUCGGGGCCACAUAGUAGUGGUAAAGCAUUCUUCUCCGUCCCCCAUAAACCGGCCCUUAAGAAAAGAGAAAACCCGGCCUGAAAGGACCAAGGCCCCUGUUGCGCAGCGAGUUAUCAAUGACUCUGAAGAUGACGGUGUUUAUCUCGACAUGAUGGAUGAAGAUACAUUCUACCCCAAUCUUUCGCAAGAAAAUCAAAUCCAAGCUACAGAGGAGGUUCCUAAGGAUAUAAAAGAGCGCCGUGCGAUAUCAGAUUCAAAGGCUGGCGUAAGACAGUCACCAUUAAUUUCAAGGGCUCCUGAAGAAAUUCAGGUGCCUGCACGCCACCCAUCCACUCCCCGAAACCCUGUCUCCAGUGAGAAGGCAGAUUCGUUGAUAGCGAAAUACCUGAACACACCGCCAACAUCUUUUCGUCAAAUAAUUAAUACCCUUAAUAAUGAUAGAACAAGAAUUGCGAAAUCUGCCUACGACCUUAUCAUGGAAGGAAUUGAGAGUCAGGACAAAGUGAAGGAAGUCAAACUCCUCGCCGCUCGGAUAAAGGCCAUUGAAGAGCUUCAAGAAUUGCAUGCAGAUUUCAGCUCCUCGAAAAAGAACCAUGAAAAAUUGAAAUCAGCUCUAAUCGCAUGUAUUGAACAGAUAGGCGAUAUUCCUGAUAGCACUAAGGUUACUGAGAUCAAGGACUCUGCCCAACGGCUACAGGAGAAGGAGUCGAGGAUCGUCUCCUUAAUACAAGAGUCAGAAAUGUUUAAUAAGCAGUCGCUUGUCAUUUCAGGUCACCCUACGGAUAGAAACCAUCUUACACAAGUGGAUCAGGAGCUGGAGUCUUUUUCUCAAAUCAAAUCCACUAAGUUACCACAACCUUCAUUUACCGAGGACGAGAGCCGUCAUCAUACUCCUGUCUCAUCGGGGCUCACAAAGACACCAUCGCUCCCAAAUAAUCAUUUUACUGGAUCAAGAAAAGAUGAUGCUAUACGUCCUCCAGUACCUGAGCCGCGAUGGUCACAAGAACUUCCUUCUGCUCCACGCAAUAUAAAAAGUCCACUGAGCAGCUGGGAUCCCCAGUUCGAUGAUGCCGAGGAUUUUGUCGAUAUGCUUGAUGACGACCCUCCUUAUUCCAGAACCAUGGCCACUCCAUGUGCUGCGACAACAGCAGUGACUACAUUUGAGUCUGACAUCGAUGACCAAUCUGCAUCCAAUCCAUUUGAUGAGCUUGAGGACUUUUUCGAUUGCCCUAGCCCAAGGCCCGCUCCGCCUGCUCCCCCCGUCUCUGAAUCCCAAUUCCCUAACCGGGAAGUGUUCCGUGAAACAUCUGGGAAUAAGUCGAAAGUACCAUCGGCAAAGCAGGGCGAUCAAAAGGAUAUAGGGCAGAUGAACUCAGUGGAAGGCCACCCUUGGAGUAAAGACGUCAAGUCUGCUAUGAGAGAAACAUUCAAACUGCGUGGUUUUCGGCCCAACCAACUUGAAGCGAUCAACUCCACGCUCAGUGGCAAAGAUACCUUUGUUUUAAUGCCAACAGGAGGUGGUAAAUCCCUUUGUUAUCAAUUACCAUCUAUAAUACGGACUGGGAAAACGAAAGGGGUUACGAUAGUGAUUUCACCUUUACUGAGUUUAAUGCAGGACCAAGUCGCCCAUCUUCAAAAGCUCAAUGUGAAAGCUUUCUUGAUAAAUGGAGAUGUGUCUAAAGACGAACGAGCUAGCAUUAUGAACAACCUCCGAAGCCUCCGCGCAGACUCACUUAUCCAAUUGCUCUAUGUUACGCCUGAAAUGCUUGCCAAAAGCCGUGCCAUAGAAAGCGUCUUACUUCAACUCCAUAGUAAUGAUAAGCUCGCUCGCAUUGUUAUUGAUGAAGCGCACUGUGUCAGUCAAUGGGGUCAUGACUUCCGGCCAGACUACACUGCGCUUGGCAAACUGAGAGAAAAUUACUCUGGUGUACCCGUAAUGGCGUUGACUGCCACGGCAACACCAAACGUCCAAGUCGACGUUAUACAUAACCUGCGGAUGAAGGGUUGUGAAGUUUUCACUCAGUCGUUUAACCGGCCAAACCUGACCUACGAAGUACAUAAGGCUGAUGUGCGCUUUGUUAUUCACCACUCAAUUCCACAAAGCCUGGAAGGGUACUACCAGGAAACUGGCAGGGCUGGUAGAGAUGGCAAGAGAUCUGAAUGCUAUCUUUACUACGCCUACUAUGACUCGACUUCCAUAGGUUUCAUGAUCAAGAAAAACAAAGAGGCUACCUAUGAACAAAAACAACGUCAACGACAGAUGCUGCGUCAUGUCACCCAGUUUUGUGAGAACAUCACAGAUUGCAGGCGUGCUCAAAUUCUCGCUUAUUUUGAUGAAAAGUUUAAACGAGAAGACUGCAACAGGACAUGUGAUAACUGCAAGUCUGACUUUACAUUUGAGAUUCGUGAUUUUACACAGCAUGCUGCUGCUGCUGUACGGCUUGUUGAAAAAUUGGAGAGCGCGAAAGUGACUGUUCUAGCCUGCGUGGAUGUCUUUAGAGGCUAUUCACGCCAGUCAGAGUUCUCUCAUCUCCCAGAAUUUGGAUACGGGAGUGACCUUGAACGCGGCGACGUUGAGCGACUAUUUAGACACCUCCUUUAUGAAGAUGCAGUUGAAGAACACAAUGAACCGAACCAGCGGGGAUUCGCUGUUCAGCAUGUCAGAAGGGGGCGAAAUGCGCAACGUUUCAAGAGCGGCCGGCACAAGACGGAGCUCCCAAUUCGGAUUACUCCUGGGAAGGCACCUACUACAACCCGACGAGCCGAUAUGAACUUUACUGGCGUUCGAGCUGCAAGAGAGGAACAGCCAGAAUCCACUAAUGUGUCCUCUCCAAUUAGAGGCCCAUCUCACUCACGCAUACCAAAUCGGAGAAGUAACAAGGUGGAGACGGAGAGCGAUGAUGAUACUAAAGACGACAGUGAAGAAGAUGAUAGUGAUGGUUUUGCACCGAUUCGUGGUGCAAGAAACUCUGGAAAUCUUCCACGAUCCCGUCACUCACGGCUAGGCCCCAGAAUAACUGAUGACGGAAGCCGUUCCGGAUUGAGUGAUCUUCGUGGAAUCGUUCUGGAUGAGUUUUUGAUGAGGGCAAAAUCGAAAUGUGAACAGAUCAAGAUGGAGAAAGGCCUUCGGGAACAGCCGUUUCCUGAUGCUAUCCUCCAAGAAAUGGGCAUUCGCCUUCCCUCUACUCUGGCUGAACUUUCCCGAAUUCAUAACAUUGAUCCUGACAAAGUUGAGCGGUAUGGCCCAAAAUUCUUGAGGCUCAUUGCCAGGUCAAAGAAACACUACGAAGAUAUGGCGGGAUGUCCCGAUGGCCAAGAACAAGGCGAAGCCAUUCACGACCCCAACCAUGAAAACGUUGUUACUAUAAGUAGCGACGACGAAAUGUAUGGUGAUUGGACUGAAGAUGAACUAAAUUACGCAGAUGACGCUCAGAACCAGAGCCCCUAUUUCCCAGAUGACACCGCUCAAUCAUUCAAGACAAAAGAGAAGCAUCACGGCAACCAAGCCAUUCGAAGGCGGAUUCCGCGCAACCUCCUAAGCCACGUCAAACCAGUUCUAGGCGUUCUCGUCCCCCUAAAUCAGCUCGCGAAACAAACCCUCUGGCGCCAGGUUUAA